GCAUCGUCGCUACUAAUCAUUUCAUGUUUUUCUACGGACGUGUGGUUCGAACGAGCACAAAGUAGUCUUUCAGCUUUCAAUUCAAGUUAUUUACUGCCUUGUUAAGUCCAUUAGUGUCGCGAAGUGGUUGACUAUAACAAGCAUUUUUUUCCCAAAUUAAAAAUGAUGAAAUCGUUGAACCGUUUAGUAUCCAAACAAGGAUUUAAUGCCCGAUUAUAUUCGGCGGCAGCUUUACCGAAACCUUAUACUUCGCCGGAGAUCGAAUGUACCGAUAUUUUCAUCAACAACCAAUGGGUUAAAUCAUCAUCGGGUAAAACGUUCAAAACGCUGAAUCCGGCUACCGGUGAAGUUAUCGCUGAAAUUCAAGAAGGAGAUAAGACCGACGUUGAUAAAGCAGUAGCGGCGGCUAAAGAAGCUUUCAAAUUGGGCAGCCCAUGGAGAACUAUAAAUCCAUCCAAACGUGGAGUUUUGCUCAACAAAUUGGCCGAUUUGAUGGAAAGAGAUGCCGUCUAUUUAGCUAGUUUGGAAACGUACGAUAAUGGUAAACCGUACACUGCUUCUUAUAGCGUCGAUGUGGCCACAUCCAUCCAAGUACUUCGAUACUAUGCUGGCUGGGCUGAUAAAAAUCACGGUAAAGUUUUACCUAUGGAUGGAGAUUACUUCGCGUACACUAGACACGAGCCUGUUGGCGUUUGUGGACAAAUCAUCCCGUGGAAUUUUCCAUUGCUGAUGUUUGCGUGGAAAAUAGCCCCAGCUUUAGCUACUGGUAACGUCAUCGUACUGAAGCCAGCCGAACAAACCCCUCUGACCGCUUUGUACAUGGCUAACUUGAUUAAAGAAGCUGGAUUCCCUCCUGGAGUUGUGAAUAUCGUUCCUGGUUACGGUCCUACAGCUGGUGCUGCCAUCGUACAUCAUAACGAUGUGGAUAAAGUAGCCUUUACUGGAUCUACAGAAAUUGGAAAAAUCAUACAACAAGGUGCAGCUCAAUCGAACUUGAAAAGAGUUACCCUAGAAUUGGGUGGUAAAUCACCGAAUAUAAUCUUGGACGAUUCUAACGUCGAUUUCGCCGUCGAAAUGGCUCACGUGGGGUUGUUUUUCAACCAAGGUCAAGUAUGCUGCGCCGGAUCUCGUACUUUUGUCCAGGAAAAAAUCUACGACGAAUUCGUGGAAAAAAGUGCCAAUCGGGCUUUGAAAAGAAUAGUCGGCGAUCCAUUUGACUUCUCUGUCGAACAAGGUCCUCAGAUCGACGAAGAACAAACUAAUAAAAUUAUCUCAUUGAUCGAAACCGGUAAAAAAGAAGGCGCCCAAUUGCUCACCGGAGGUGGUCGUUUGUACGAUAAAGGAUACUUCGUUCAACCUACAGUAUUUGCUAAUGUCAAAGAUGACAUGACCAUUGCCAAAGAAGAAAUUUUCGGACCCGUUCAACAAAUUAUUAAAUUCCAAAAUCUGGACGAAAUUAUCGAAAGAGCUAAUAACACAGUUUACGGUUUAGCUGCAGCUGUUUUCUCCAAAGAUGUGGAUAAAAUUAAUUACUUGGUGCAAGGCAUUAGAGCUGGAACUGUUUGGGUAAAUUGCUACAAUGUUUUUGGAUGUCCGGCUCCAUUCGGCGGGUACAAGAUGUCUGGUCAUGGACGUGAAAUGGGAGAAUAUGGUUUACAAGCUUAUACCGAAGUUAAAUCUGUCAUCGUGAAGACUCCUCAAAGAAAUAAUUAAAUAAUUUAAGUACAUGAAAUUUAAUUUCACUGGCCGGUUCCAUCAUUUUAGGUAGAAAUGUUUCGAGAAUGUAUACGUUUUUUCAUGAUUUUUUAAUCAAAUUGUUGUGAUAUUUUUAUACUGUGUUCUGAAUUGCGUGUUUGUUGUCACUUGUCUUCCGCUAUUAUGUUAUUUUUUCUUAAUUAAUUUGGCAAAAUACAAAACAAAUUUCCUUCGAUAUUAAAAUUA